AUGCCUGAGAUUGCAGAAGUAGCCCGCGUUGUGCACUUUCUGAAGAAGCAUAUCGUCGGAAAGACCAUCAAAGGUGUCAACGCUUUGGAUGAUGAUAUAGUAUAUGGAAAAGUCGGUACCUCUGCUUCAGCUUUCAAAAAAGCCAUCACUGGCAAGAAAGUCGUGGACGCGCGACAACAAGGCAAAUACUUCUGGCUUGUUUUAGACACCCCGCCCCAUCCUCUGUUUCAUUUUGGCAUGGCAGGAUGGCUUGAAAUAAAGAACGAGGAGACUGGUUACUAUCGUUCAGCUAAGCCUGAGAAGACUGAGUGGCCUCCCAAAUUCUGGAAGUUUGUUUUGCAGAUGGAAGAAGAACCGGAGAAUGAGGUGGCAUUCGUGGACGCAAGGAGAUUGGCACGUAUUAGACUGGUGGAUGCUGCUGCAGAAGACAUGAGGAAGACGACACCGUUGAAAGAAAAUGGCCCCGACCCUAUCCUAGACAAAUCCAUCCUGACUGUAGAGUGGUUGGGCAAGAAGUUGAGGAGUAAAAAGGUGCCCGUCAAGGCCCUGUUGCUCGAUCAAGCCAACAUAUCGGGUAUAGGGAACUGGGUUGGCGAUGAGGUCAUGUACCAGGCCAAACUGCACCCUGAGCAAUACAGCAACACAUUCAGCGACGAGCAGAUCAAGACACUUCACGAGGCGAUCAUGUACGUCUGCGAUACUGCGGUAGCAGCCAAUGGAGAUUCAGAUCUUUUCCCCGAGCACUGGCUCAUGAAGCAUCGUUGGGGUAAAGGGAAGAAGGAGGCAAGCAAGCUGCCGAACGGCGAGAAGAUUACGUUUCUCAAAGUUGGCGGACGUACAUCGGCUAUUGUUCCGAGUGUCCAGAAGAAAACAGCGGCUGUGGCUGGCGAUGUCUCUGAGAGUGCCGCAGACGAAGACACUGAAAAAGAGGCAAAGCCUAAGAAGACCAACAAGAGAACCGCAAAGGCAGCAAAGGAGGAGGAGGAGGAAGUCGAGGAGAAGGCAGAGCCCAAGCCCAAACGAGGCCGCAAGAACACCAAGGGAGAGGUCAAGGUGGAGACUGAAGACGCUGUUGUUGAUGAAUUACCAGCAAGACCGAAGCGUCAGAGCAAGAAAGUCAAAGAAGAGACCGAUGAAGAAGGUGGCGAUGAAGCUGAGAAGGUCAAGCCAGUGAAGAAGCAAAGCACGGCAAAGGCCACCAAGGCAAAAGUCAAGAAGGAGGACCAGAAUGAGGUUACUACAGAAACGCGGCGGUCCGGACGUCUGUCAAAGUAAUUUACGGUGGACAUUGUAUGUAAAAGAGAGUAUGCGGCUGUAGUUUUCCAAAUAGAGAGUAAACAAGGACCA